AUGCCGGUGAAAAAGCGCAAGACAAGUCCUGCCCCUGCGAAGAGCGUGCAGCCCGCUGAAGAUUCCAUCACGAAUAGAAAGCCCCGCACUGACGCGGAUGAUGGCGAAGCAGUUGCAGCUGGACGCGUGCCGCUGCAGGACGUCACCGCGUCCAACACCGCGUCCAACACCGCACAGCACAACCCCAACCCCAAUCCUCCCGCAGCACCAUCAGAUGAUGCAACCCCACGCUGCUCGCUAGAGCCCGCUGCACCUGCACGGCGUUCCCACCCUAAUCUCGACGCCGCCAUCGCCGAUCUCGCCGUCGACCAGGCAAAAGAGCUGCUCAAGCGAUUCGCCCUGCAAUACGAGCCGCUCGCAGGCGCCGUCGUCGGCCUCGGCUGGAGCCGUCGCAUCCUGAAGCAGGCCCUCAGGAGCGCCGGCUUCAUUAGAGGCGUGCUGCUAGGCAAGGACGGGCGAUUGGACACUAUUCUGAACGCGAGCUCUGCCCUUCUGGACAUAUUCGAGAUCCCCGAGCCUCUCGACGCCAUAUUUCAGUCCGUCUUCUACCUUCUCGGCGGCGCGGAACGGCAGCUGCUGUUCUCCCGUACUCGGCGCGAUGGUGGGACGAAUUGCAACAAGGAGAAGGACGCGACUGAUGUCAAUGCAUCCUACGAGGUCUCGGGGAGUAUCAUGAAGGACGUCAAGUCCAUUGGCAAGGCGGCAACACCUUAA